UAUUAACAAAAAUAUCAUUUGAUAAAUUUUCGAGGGUUAAAUAGAAAUCUAUAGAGUAUAGGUGUUGUUUAAUAAAAAUUUUUAAAAUUUUAAAUCUUUAUUGCAGAUGUUCUUCUUCGCCUUUGUUGGUAUGAUACUCUUUGGAAUUACUGGAAUUUUAUUGUUACCAGUUUAUUCUGCCAGUACACUUUGGACCAUAUUAACAGUGUUGUGUCUCUCUCUUAUCAUGUCCGUCUUCUUCAUACUCGACGUCGUCACUGCACUCGUGUAAGUUUCAAACGAACUUUAAUUAAUCACGAAUUUUAUGUCACUGAAAUUCUAUGUCAGAUUUUGGAAACGAAACUGCGAUGUUUGUAACGAUCCAUAUUGCACUAAUCAAGCCCAGAUAUUGUAUCAAAAAAAAGACCUUUGCCAUCCCGCGUGCACCGAAGUGAGUUUAAUAUUCAACAUUGAAAAAUAAAGUAUAAAAUGUUAACAAAGAGUUCUUGUUAACUUUAAGAAUGUAAAUAUUUUUUUAAAAGAAAGGUUUUGGAAAGUUUUAACGUAUAAUGUAUUUCUUACAUAAUAAAACAUAGUUUCAUCAAGAACAAAACAUAUUUGGGCAAUCGAAAUAUAAUCUUUUAUAAUAUAAGAAAUGCAUUAUAUAAUAUUUCCUACUUUUUUAGGAAAAGGGUUAAUCAUUGUCCAAACUCUAUAUCCCAAAUUUUAUUUAGUGAUAUAUAGUUCAAUCCUCCAAUAUAAAAAUCGCGUUUCAGUUCAUUUUUAAAUACAAAAUAAAUAAAAAUAUAGUAGAAUUUGAUGAAUAAAAAAGGAACCAAGUAAUUUGACAUAAUUAUUACUCAUAUUUUGAAUCGGCUGAUCAUAAUGAUCAUAAUGUUAGAGUAAUGUUAAUAACAAUUAGUUCGAAGUAAUCUAUGUUCCUGGAGUACAAACGUUUCUUUUAAGGUGUCUCUCUGCAAUCUAGACGGUCAAGUACGACUUGAUGACCAGUGUAAGCAGCAUCAAAAUACCUUCUGGAGAUGAGGAAGCAGUUGCUGAUCAUAGUUAUAGAAAAGUUGGAUAUGGACGUCGAAGACAAUACGUGGAUCGUCCAGCUAGUGCUCGAUCAGCGGCCAUGGUCGAGGUUGCUGAUAUUCAAACGGAACCGCGUUCCAUGUGUAAUAGACAGAGUCAGACCCAUCGAGAAAUAAAAGAAAUGCCAGUGCAAACUGUGAGUAGAUGUGAACUGUGCAAUCGUCAAAUACCGAUUUUCUCAACGUCCACGGAUCCGAUGCAUCAAGCAAUGCAACAGGCACCUUGCACAACCUGCCCUGCAAUUAUGCAGCUGAUGCGAGGUGCACCGUGUUGCCCAGGAUGCAGAUGCGUGACAGGAAUAAUUCAAGUGUCACAACAGACUCAACAACAGCAAACACCACGACAAGAAAAAUGCACCGAGCAGAAUCCAGUUAAAGAAACGAAGCACAGGCAACAACCGGUGGACGAGAAAUCCUACGAAAUUGUGACGAGUGAGCAACCUCGAACCCCUCAGGUUGCGAGUACAAGCGUUAAAUAGAAAACAAACAUGCGAU